AAAUCAUGUAUUGUCCUAAAAAAAUUAUUUUGAAAUUGUAUAAAUAUAUUAUUAAGUUGAAAUCCCAUAAAUUAAAAUAUAAAAUUCUGAACUCACAGAAAAAAUCUUAAUUUUGCAUUUACCCUAGCACCCCCACUAGUAUCGCGCUCCCACCCCUCCAACUCACACCGGCCUCAUAGUAUUUGUCAAAGUAUAUAUAACUACUUUUUGAGAUAAUAAUUUCUGUUUACUUAUCAAAUAUCAAAGGAUAAUUUUACAGAAAAAUAUUUUCGUUCGUACCAAAUGCACACCUAAAUUAAAGAUUUCAAUAUUAUUGAAUGGGAUUUUUUUUUCUUCUCAUUUUUAUGUUCUCAUUCUUAUAGAUUUAAUGGAACUGAAUUGGUGUUGAAAUACAAAGGAAAACGCAUAAUGUUUGUUGGGGAUUCACUUGGUCAAAAUCAAUGGGUUUCUCUUGCAUGUAUGCUUCAUGUUUCACUACCACAAGCCAAGUAUAGCAUGGACAAAAUUGGAAAGAUUUAUACAUUCACCCUUUUGGAAUACAAUAUUUGGUUAUUGUUCCUUGGGAAUCCACUCAUUGUUGAUACUAUCACUCAAAAAGGGUCAAGAGUACUCAAGAUUGAUUCAAUUAGUUCUGGAAAUAUUUGGAAACAAAUGGAUGUGUUGAUUUUUAAUACAUGGCAUUGGUGGGAUCGCAAAGGGCAAAAACAAACUUGGAAUGUGAUUCAAGAAGGGAAUAUUACGUAUAAAGAUAUGGAUAGAAUGGAACUUUAUAAGAAAGGAUUAAAUACAUGGGCCAAAUGGGCUGAUUCUAAUCUUAAUUCAACAAAAACAAGAAUCUUUUUUCAAGGAGUUUCUCCUGAUCACGAGGGAUGUAAAGGAAAAACAGGACCAGCACAAAGUCCAGGAAUUAUACAUCCAGGAGAAAUAGAACUGGAAAAAGUUUUGAAAAAUAUAUCAAAAUUAUUCAUCCGUCUGAUCAACAUCACAAGAUUAUCACAAUACAGAUCGGACGGUCAUCAAUCCAUCUAUACUAAUAGUAUGGAUUGUAUCCAUUGGUGUCUACCUGGGGUCCCUGAUGCAUGGAAUCAACUCCUUUAUCAUUUUCUUAUUUCAUAAUUUUACUACAUUUGUUUUUUUUUAAAAAAAAUAAUUCUUAAAUUAACAUGAAAAUGUAUAUAAAGGUAUAGUUGAACGGUAUGAAUCUGAAUUAGUCGGAUUAGUAGGUUAUGAAUCAGAUGAGACACGACCAGCCAACUUCCUAUCAAGAUCAAAACCUUAUAAGUUAAAUGUUUUCGUUGUCAACGAGGUAUUAUAUUUGAAUUGAUAAAAAUGAUCUAUUUACGAAUUUUAAGAUUUUAUUUUCGGUGUAAGUGUGGUAUUAUUUUUGAAUUUUGUAAAAUGUAAGUCAUUUCAUCUUCGACCCAACCCUAGUUUAGUUUAUUUUUAUCUUUACUUAUUUUUAACUUACUAAAUAAACUCAUCUUAACACGUUCAUUUGUCACUCUUAAGCUAAAUCACGAUAUGCUAAUAUGACGAA